AUGAGAAGAAUGGAAUCUUUGCCUGAACUUUGCAUUCCAGUUUUUCUUAUCUGUUCUUGCAUCACUUGCUCAGAAGAUUUCUCCAGCGCCGCCGCGGCAUCGAUCGCCGGUGACACUGGCACGCCACCUAAAGAAGCCUCGCCAUCAAUGAUGAACGUAUCUGGACAGGCGGUCGAUAGAGAACUUGGUCAAAGCCCUCCUGUAAAUGGCAAUGGGGCCAUUAAGGAACACCAGCGAGGAGAUCUUCCUCAAGGCGGUGAUGGAGAACUCGAUCGGAGUGGCAGCACCGCCGAGCAUGGAAAUGAUGGGGUUCAGAAACAUGACACAGAGCUUCAGAGAAGACAGCGAGGAGUUGUUCAACAGCUGGCUGAUGAAUGGAGAGGCAAGAAUUCUGAGAGUUUCAAGCACUUUCUUUUGCUUUUCAUCUGCUUUGUGUUCUUUCUGAUUCCAGGCUUUAGUCACCUGAAUAAUCGGCCUCGACAACCAUCUAGGUUGUCAUCAGAGGCAGGUGCCUUUCCUAAUCAACAACAUGACAUUGCUCGACAAAAUUUUCUCGCCGACAACUUGAUCCCUGAGAAUUGUGCAGUUCCUCCUGAAUACAUGAAUAACCACAACCAGCAACCACUCAAGAAUGCAGCAGAGAAAGGGAUGCAAGCCAGUGAUCUACUUUUGGCAAAGGUUAGCCAUCCCAUCAUCCAGUUACUUGAUUAUUACAUCUACGUGGAUAAUAUUCUAAUGGGUAAAAGGCGGAGGCGAUAUGCUGCAAUGCAAAGUAACGUGUCACCAAUAACUACAGGAACUAUGAGAGCAGCAAACCAAUUGAGACUAGAUUUUACCAACACAAGUGCAGCAAACAGUGCCCCAAUGGGCAGCACUCCACUGCAGACUUCGACAUUUGUAUCUCCUUCAUGUUCAUCGACUUCCCCCUUGGACAAUCCUCAUAUGCUUGCGCAAGAUACUGUUACAUCGGUGGUGAGCAUGCUCAAGGAUACGCUCGAGCGUAAGAAGCUCAGUAGCCCUGCCAACAGAGACAUGCCACAUGGCAACCCUUUUGGGUUUUACGACAACCAGCAGUUUCAACAUAACAUUAUUGGAGGAACAGAUAUGUUCCCCCUGGUGACAAAUGGACAUGUUCAGGACUCCCUGAUGCUUCCUGAAGUCGAGAGGCCCACGGAACCAAACGCCGAGAACUUUGUUGCCCCCGCGAGCCAGAUUUGGAUCAGUACAGCGUCUCGCGAACCUUCACAGAGUGGAUCAUCUAAUGCCCUGACGGCUCAAUCAGCCGGUUUUGAAGUAUGUGAUGAGCUACGUCCUAUGGGGCAAUCAUUGUCUAUGUGUGAGAGCACUAGGAAAAAUGUUGCAAAUGGAACAGCUGACUGCAGAUCAAACGGCAAAGAUUACAGAGAGAAGGUACUAAAAGAUAAUUUGAAGGAUGAAAGAAAGAGAGUGGCCCUGACACGAAUGGGAUCCAUCUCAUCAGAACAAGCAGUUGAUAGAGGAGAUCCUACGAAGAAACGCAGGGUUGAGCGCACACGCAAAAUGGCAGAAGCAAAGGAAAGAAGUUCCACCCCGGUAAUACCAACCGACAUGCAAGCGGUGCUCAAGCGCUGCGAAAACCUAGAGAAGGAGGUCAGGUCACUAAAGCUUAACUUGUCAUUCAUGAACCGGAAGGAUUCAGAACAGACGAAGCAGAUCGAGGAUCUUCAGAAGCAAAACGAGGACAUGGCGGAAGAGAAGGAGAGGCUGAUAGAGGAGAUCGAACGAAUGGCCUCUGACUCCACGGCAUGA